CUAUGGCAACGACUUUGUGUACUUCCCCAGUAACCUGCUGUAAAAUCAGAUAGUUUUGAGUGUUUUUACAUCCUCUUCCUCAAUAUCUAUACUACAGGGACCCAGAGACCAUCAAUAUCUGAGGGCGAGAUGAAAAGAGGCAAGGCCCCCUCCUCCAGGAGAGCUGAGAUCCAGCAUCUGCACCAAUGCUACGCCUUAGGGCAGACCAUUUUGCCGGCCUGCGCCCUCCUCAGGUUCCUCCACAAAGAGCAGAUGGAGCUCACAGCAAAUGAAGAGACGGCAGAGAGUUUGAUUGAUAGAUAUGAGAUUGAAGAGACAGCCAGAGAUAGCAGGUCCAUGACAUUUCAUGGAUUCCUCCGGUACAUGGAGUCCAAAGACUGCUGCGUGUUCGACCAGGCCCACACAUCUGUCUACCAAUACAUGGACCAGCCUCUCACCCAUUACUUCAUCUCCUCGUCCCACAACACUUAUCUGACUGGAGAUCAGCUAGUGGGAAAGAGCCACCUGGAUGCCUAUGUUUGUGCUUUGAGGAAAGGCUGUCGCUGUCUGGAGAUUGACUGCUGGGAUGGGCCGGAUAUGGAGCCUGUAGUCUACCAUGGCCACACCCUGACCACCAAGAUAUUAUUCAAGGACGUCAUCACCACUGUGGAGCAACAUGCCUUCGAGGUGUCUGCUUACCCAGUGAUCCUGUCGUUAGAAAACCAUUGCUCCCAGGAGCAGCAGGAAGUCAUAGCCCAGUACCUCGUCUCUAUCCUGGGGGAAAAGCUGCUGAGAACUCCCUUGGAUUACCCAACCGCUGGAGACCUACCGAGCCCAAAUGACCUGAAGUAUAAGAUCCUGAUCAAGAAUAAAAAGCUAAAGCCUCACGUUAAGAUGGAGGGCGCAGCAAGGAUAGAGGCGGAGGACAGUGCAGAUGAGGGCGACGAUGAGGAGGAGGAUGAUGAGGAGGACGAGGGUCAUUCUAAGUUCUGGUCUCCCAGAAAGGCAAGGCCAAAGAUGAAAAAGAGGAAGGUGGCGGUGGCAGAGGCUUUAUCUGACCUGAUCGUAUACACCAGGUCUGUCAAGUUCAUCAGCUUCAGUCACUCCAGGGACAAUCAGAACUGCUAUGAGAACACAUCAAUGGGAGAGACGAAAGCUCGCAAGCUAGCCAAAGCCUCAGGUACAGACUUUGUUCACCACACCCAGAGGUUCCUCAGCAGGAUUUACCCAGCAGGCUCGAGGACGGCUUCCUCCAACUACAACCCUCAGGAGUUCUGGAUCGUCGGCUCACAGCUCGGUGAGUCGCAGAGGGCGAGUAUAUACCUGUCUGUGUGCACACAAGUGGCUCUCAAUUUCCAGUCUCUUGGCUUGCCUAUGGACCUUAAUGAUGGCCGUUUCCAGGACAACGGGGGCUGUGGAUACAUCCUGAAGCCGGCGGUGCUCAUGUCCAGUCACAGAUGCUUCGAUCCCGGCUACAGCCAUCACGGCCUCAAACCCACACACCUGCUGCUCAAGGUGAUCAGUGGGUCCAACCUGCCCACCCCCAGGAGUGGCAGACCUCUGGACCCCUUUGUCAGAGUGGAGAUUCAUGGGAUCCCAUCGGACUCCCGCAAAAAAAACACACAUACUGUCAAAAACAACUUUCUGAAUCCUCACUGGGAUGCUGACAUGAACUUCAGCAUCCUCAUCCCCGAGCUCUGCCUCAUCCGCUUCUGUGUCCGAGAUCAGACGGGCAUCCUCAGCAGCGAUUUUGUGGGCCAGUACACGUUGCCCUUCACCAGCCUGAAGAAAGGCUACCGCUGGGUGCCUCUCCGGUCCCGAGACGGAUGCAGCCUGGAUCCAGCCUCCCUCUUCGUCUUUGUUUGGUAUUCCUAAAAACAGCUCUCCAUAUCAGACUCACACACACACACCUCUGCCAACAGAUAGAGAAGCGUGGCUGAUGCAGCAACAACAACAACAAAAAUAUAUAAAUAAAUCAAAAGCACCAUUUCCUCAGA